AUGCAAGUUCUGGCUACAUGUGGGAGCCAGUUUGUAAGUUUUAAAAUGCUUUUAUGUUUUAGUUUAUCUAUUUUUGCUUCAGGUGCAUGUUUAUGAAGCUCCCGAAGAUGUCAACCAGCUGAGACUGAUCCGAGCACUCAAAACCACUGCGGUGUGUCUGCAAGGCCGUUUCCCUUUAUGUUAACAGAUGAUGUUCAGAAAGAAGAAGAUCUCUACACGGUUUGCUGGUGCUUUGAUACAUACGAAAAUUCAAUUGGUCGCAAUCCGUACAGAAUUGUCACCGGAGGACAAACCGGGAUUAUUUAUGUAAUUGAUACAGAGACCAUGCAACUGGAUAAUGUGAGUCAGAAUUUGUCUUGACCGGUCGGGCUCAUCCCCUUUAAUUUUAGCGAUUUCAAAGCGUUGGCGCAGCUGUGAACGAACUUCGAACUUGUCCGAACAACUCGAAUCUCGUGGCGUGCUGCUCUAAAGAUCGAUCCGUUCGCGUGUUUCACAUUCGCAACCAGACGUGUCUGCUCGUAAUGGGCGGUAUGGACUGUCACAACGAGCAGGUCCUUUCCGUGGACUGGUCUGAACAGGGUCAAUUCAUUCUUUCGGCCGGAAUGGAUCAUCAGGUCAUGAUGUGGGAUCUGACAGUCGACAGAAUUCGGGAUCACCUUAAGAGAGCCUGCGACAAACUCAAAUCGGGAGAAAAGGACAUUUUGAACCAAAGAGAAUCGCUUUAUGUCGAACAGAACAGUGAAGUGCGCGAUGUUGCGAAACUGAAUUUGACCGAUAAUUCUGUGAGGUUAGAGAAGUACGGACCCAACAUGGCGGAUGAACGAUGUCUUCAGCAGUUCCUCGGGGCACACACUCAACCACCGUGAGCUUCGAAUCCAUCUCUCUCCUCAUUCUCAUUUCAGUGGUUGCCUCCUCCCGAUUUACACUCCGACGGGCGUCUGUUCCGAUCUCCACGAGGACUACGUGGAUUGUGUCCGUUCAUUUGCCAACAGUCCGUACAUACUUUCAAAGGGUUGCGGAAAAGAGUCGGCCAUUAGUUUGUGGCGGUUUGGAGCGCCGCGAGGUAUCACAGAGAACAAGGUCUCUCCGAUGGACGCGAUAAAAACAGUAACGAAACUUGCCGAGUUCGAACUGGCGUACGGAGAAGCCUGGUUCUCAAAGUUUGGGUGCUGCCAGCGGAGGAGAUGGCUCGUGUGCACGGGAACGUAUGGCUCUGUUACUUUCUUCGAUCUCAAAAAAGUGAGGCAGAAUCCAAGGGAAAAGCAGAAACCGUGAGUUCAUAAUCAGAAAAGCAGCAACUUGUCUAAUCUUAUCUUUCCAGAAUCAUGACCCAGAAAAUUGGCAAGCGAAACAUUCGCAACCUCUCGUUUUCCGCCGAUGACCGUAUUCUGGUGGUCGUCGGGGAAGAAGGGCAGGUAGCUCGAUUCGACCGAGUAUCCCAGUCGGUCGAUCAGAAAGGGCUCGCCAAGUUUAAUAGACACUGACUCAUUCCGUUUUCUCUCCGCUUCCUUUUCUCUCCGCUUCGCUUCCUUUUCUCUCCCCGAAAACAGUGGUGAAUCCCAUUUUGCAUUUCAGUAUGUCUUCUUCCCUUACUCCGAUCAUUAUCACUGGCUACAGCUUCAUUCGUAAGUACUCCUUCCCGACAGUCUCUUUCUAGUUUGCUUUUGUAGUUGGCGCCGAUAGUCAGGUGAAAGACGGCGAAAAGAAGACGUAUCUGAACGUGGAGUGAGUGCCCCGUUGAUUCAUUUUGCCACGUUAUUCAUUUUGCCACGUGUCCUUAGGUACACGCACAAUGGUACCGUGCACAAUGCGCACAUUCCGAUGCACAAAGACGAGUUUGCGGAGAUUCGAGGCGACUUGAACGCGAGUCGCGUCGUCGAUGUGCUCAGAAGUCGUCAUUGAUUUUUCCAUGACCUCUACUGCGUGUCCUCUUCUACUCACCCACCCAUUUUAUGCAUAUUUUCUCAUUCUAUCGUAUUUUACCUCUCGUCGCAAUCGUUCCGUUGUAAACUCGUGCCGCAUAUUGAUUUCCUGUGCAAUACGAUUGAUAAUAAAAAUAAUAAUUUUCAGAGUCGCGCACCGUCCGUUCGCCUCAAGAUGACCACCGGAUCUAACGAUUUCUACUACUCUAACAAGUACGAAGACGACGAGUACGAGUACCGACACGUUCACGUCACAAAGGACAUCGCCAAGCUGAUUCCGAAGAAUCGACUCAUGUCAGAGACCGAAUGGAGAAGCCUCGGAAUUCAGCAGGUAUCAAAAUCAGACAGAGGAUUUCUUUAAAAGUCGAUAUAAUUUUCAGUCGCCAGGAUGGAUUCACUACAUGAUUCACGGACCGGAGCGCCACGUGCUUCUCUUCCGCAGACCUCUUCCGGGCACGGCGAAGAGUGGCAGUGUGCGCGGAGGAUCCGGAAACGCCGUCGGAGUGCGCUAA